ACUUGAUGAGAGUGGUGGGAGCAAAAUAUCUACUCCUGAGGAGAAUAAAAUACUCAAGAAGCUGAUACCAGGGCCAAAAGUACGAGAUGCGUUGCUCUUUAGGAAGUCUGCAGAAAAGGAAGACGAAGGCCCAGAUAAGGAUAGUUUUCUCAAAAGGCUCUUAAGGGAUAGUAAAGAUGAUGACAGCAGGAAAGCACCAGUGGAUAAAGAUGAUGAGGAAUCUGAGAAGGACAGUUUCUUUAAGAGGUUGCUAAGGGAUAGUCGGGAUGAGGAUGGUAAGAAAUUGACAGGCAAAUAUGAAGAUGAGUUAGAAAAGGAUGGGUUUUUUAAAAGACUUUUAAGUAGUAGUAGAGAUGAAGAUUCUAGAAAGUCUAUCGAGAAAGAUGAAGAAGGCUCGGAAAAGAAUGGGUUUUUUCGGAGGCUUUUGAGUACUAGUAAGGAUGAUGAGGAUACCACCAGCUCUGAUGGAUUUUUUAAACGUUUAUUUCGUGACAGCAAAAAUGAUGUGGAUGACCAACCCAUCUCAAAAGCUUUUGAGGAUGAUGAAAAUGAAGGGUUUUUCCGGAAAUUUUUUAAGGAGAGACCUGAGGACAGAAAGGAUGGGAGUGAGAAAAACGAAAGUGGGGAAAAAGCGAAAAAGAUUUUAGAAGAUGGUGAUAAAGAAGGUUUCUUCAAAAAAAUCUUCAAAGAGAAAGUUGAGGACAAGAAAGAUUUGAAUGGCAAGAUUAAUGAGUGUGGAAGAGACCAUGUAAAUGCAGAGGAGGAAGAUCCUUCAGAGUUUUCAUUGUUUCGUCGUUUGUUUCGUGUGCAUCCUGAGGAUUCCCAAGUGUCAACAGCUAUUGAAAAUAGUAUCAAUGGUAAUUUUCAUGAGAGCAGUCCCGGAACUGAGAACUUUUUUCGUAAGCUGUUCAAAGACCGUGAACGUUCAGUAGAAGAUUCAGAGCUCUUUGCUUCAAAGAAGAACAGAGAGAAUCGUCCUGGCUCACCAAAGCAUCAUGAUAAACCAACUUCUAAACCUCCACUUCCAAACAAUGGUGUCUCACAAAUAAGGAAAGGGGCAUACCAUGAAUCCCUUGAUUUUGUUCAAUCAUUAUGCGACACUUCUUAUGGCUUGGUAGAUGUUUUUCCCAUUGAAGAUCGCAAAAGUGCUCUCCAUGAGUCCCUUACUGAAAUCAAUGCCCAUGUAGCUGCUGCUCAAAAUAGUGGUGGCGUAUGUUUUCCGAUGGGAAAAGGAAUGUAUCGUGUUGUUCAUAUACCUGAAGAUGAAGCUGUUCUAUUGAAUUCUAGGGAAAAAGCUCCUUAUUUAAUUUGUGUCGAAGUUUUGAAGUGUGAAACUCCUAGUCUGAAGGAUGCUCCACACAUGCAAAAUCUUUCGAAGGGAGGAAUUCCUCUGGCAAAUGGAGAUGUUCUAUUACCAAAGCCACCGCCUUGGGCAUGCCCUCAGUGGACGGGACAUGAUACGUACCACAGUGCUCACGAUAGGAUGUCAAGAUCCACUUCCCAAGCAAUAGACCAAGCAAUGACUCAAUUAUGGGAAGCUAAAGUGAAAUUUGUUCGUGUAAAUCUUUCUGUAGAGACACAAUCAGACUCUAUGCCUGAAUUUUGUAGCCAAAACAAAGAGGUUGGAGCAUAUCCAUCAAAUUUAAUGGAUGGUUGUGGUUUGGAACGGGUGAGGGUUACUUUGACAUCAGAGGCUGGUGUUAGUAUGGAUGAUAUAGUGGAUCAGGAACCAACACGUCGAAAAGAGCACCGCCGUGUUCCAAGUACUGUAGCUAUUGAGGAAGUUAAGGCAGCUGCAUUAAAAGGAGAAGCACCUCCUGGACUCCCUUUGAAAGGGGCUGGUCAGGAUUCUGACGCACAGCCAAAGGUUUCUAAUGGCGGUCUUCCUAAUCCAUGUGAUGCACUAUCUGGUGAACUCUGGGAGGUAAAGAAAGAGAGAAUACGCAAAGCCUCCAUAUAUGGGAAACUACCUGGCUGGGACUUGCGAUCUGCCAUUGUAAAGAGUGGUGAUGACUGUAGACAGGAACAUCUUGCUGUUCAACUCAUUUCCCACUUUUAUGAUAUAUUCCAGGAAGCUGGUCUUCCCCUCUGGUUGCGGCCAUAUGAAGUCCUUGUUACAUCAUCAUACACAGCACUAAUUGAAACUAUUCCAGAUACGGCCUCUCUUCAUUCUAUCAAAAGUAGAUUUUCUAGUAUAUCAAGUCUACGAGACUUUUUUGUUGCCAAGUAUCAAGAAAAUUCUCCGGCUUUUAAGCUUUCUCAGAGAAACUUUGUCGAAAGCAUGGCUGGAUAUUCGCUGGUUUGCUACCUUCUGCAGGUAAAAGAUAGACAUAACGGGAAUCUCUUGUUGGAUGAGGAGGGUCACAUCAUACACAUUGAUUUUGGGUUUAUGCUAUCCAAUUCUCCUGGAGGUGUAAAUUUCGAAAGCGCACCAUUUAAGUUAACUCGUGAACUUCUUGAGGUCAUGGAUUCCGAUGCUGAGGGAGUCCCAAGUGAGUUCUUUGAUUAUUUCAAGGUUCUAUGUAUCCAAGGUUUUCUGACAUGCCGUAAACAUGCUGAGCGCAUCAUUCUUCUCGUCGAGAUGUUGCAGGAUUCUGGAUUUCCUUGUUUUAAAGGGGGUCCAAGAACGAUACAGAACUUAAGGAAAAGAUUCCAUCUUAGUUUAACAGAAGAGCAAUGUGUAUCCUUGGUGCUCUCUUUGAUUAGUAGUAGCUUGGAUGCAUGGAGGACUCGUCAGUAUGAUUAUUACCAGAGAGUCCUAAAUGGGAUAUUAUAAGGUCAAACUUGAGAAUAGCCAUUUUUAGCUGAUUUUGAGACACGGGUGGGUUGAGGACUAUCAGCAUGUAUGAUGUUGAGAAUUUGCGUGGGAACUCAAAUUGUGAAUCUCAGGGGAUAUGGUCUUGUUCUGGUAAAAGAUGCUCACAUCGGUCAUAGCCAUCCAGAUAAAAGACAGUUCCUUAUUUGGUAUUUGAAGAUUCAAUUCAUUUGCAACCUGAUUCGGGUUGAUACUGUACAGAGAUAAUGCUAUGAAGGCAAAUUGGAAAGGCAACAAGCCAACAACGCAAUUGUCGGGAUCGCGCUGAUUGAGUUGUGAUUUUUGUAUACCUUCUAGCAUGGUGAAGAACUCACUUUGUACUUUUUCUUUAUUCCCUGAUUGGGGACCAGUUUCUUCUUUUCUUCACUUGUGCUAAAGGUCCAAGCAGCAUAGGAAUACAUCAUGUAAUUUAUGGUUUAAAAUUCUUAUGACACAUCCUCAAGCUGGAGUUCUCUUUGUUGUGAUUUUGAGAAACGCUUGAAGUAACAUAUUUGUCGUGUGUAUAAUAUUCUUUUUUUAUUUUCAUUUCACUUGUCACUAUGAAUGCGCUUUUGUAUGAUUGAAAAUUACCCAUUUCCAUGU